AUGUCAAAAGUUGUCUAUUNCAAUCGUUGGUCUCUCAUUGCUAAAAGACUGCCGGGUCGAACUGACAAUGAGAUUAAAAACUACUGGAAUUCUCAUCUUAGAAGGAAAUUGGAAACAAGUAGAGAAAAAACUGAACGCCCAACACCAGCAAGAGUAGUAAAGAAGAGAAAACAGUUCAACAAUGGAAAGAAACCUAAGAAGAAUGAUCAAAACACUUCAAACGCAGAGAAUUCAAAGAUCAAAGUAUAUCUCCCCAAGGCCGUCAGGGUUUCUCCAUACUCGAUGGCAAUUAAGAGCAUCAAGGCCAGUGGAUCAUCAUCAUCAUUAUGCGGCCAUGGAGAUGAAAACAUUAUAAGACCAAAUAAUACAGAAGUACCAUCAAAUAGCUUUGAAAAUGGAAGGAACAAUUACGGUAGAAAGGGGACAGCGGCAGCGGCUGGCAACGAAGAAUAUAGUAUUGAUGAUGAGAGCGAUAUUUCAUUCCUAGACUUUGUACCCAUUGAAGAUAACACUCUGGACAAAAUUAUAGAGGAGUAUCAGCAGCUUCUGGAAUUUGAGGAGAACGUCCAAUCAGAUUCUCCUUUUUCUGUCUGA